AUGACAGACCCAGGGAUGGACCAGUUCGCACAGACUCGCGGCGCCGACGACCUAUUCGACGAUGAGAUUAUCCCGAUAUCCACAGAAGAACAGCAGGCGCAGACAGAGGUCAUUACUCCCGAUCCAGAGCCAGAGCCAGAGCCACAGGAGGUACAGGUACCCGAGAAGCCAGCUCCCGAGCAGCCGAUUCCACGUGGGGAGACUCCGCAGCGGGGCCGUGGCGGUGAACGAGGCCGGGGACGACGGGGUCGGGGUAAAGGAGGGCGCGGUGGACGGGAGUCAGAGCAAAAGCGGUCAGAAAGCUCUCCGCGCAAGAAGAACCCUGUCAAUGCGCCUGCUGCCGAUGCGCGCGAGGCUGGUUCUUUGAAAUCGAAGCCUGAGAAGCCCGAGAAACCCGUUGAGACUAAAGAGCCCAAAGAGCAGACCGAUCCGAUUGAAGAGGGUAAUGGUGAAGAUCUGAAUGCGAAUGGAGCCGAGGCCCAGCGUGUCCCGGCUGUUCGUGGUGAUCGGAGUGCCACUGGUGGCCUGAGAAAGCCUAAACUCACGGAAGAGGAACUAUCGAAACGAAUUGCUGCAGCCAAGGAGAACGCCGUAAAGAAGGCUGCUGCUCACGCCCGCGCCGAAGCUGAUCAGGCUUCGUUCAUGGAGCGCGAGCAGGAGGCAGCGAAGAAACGUCGCGAGGAACUCGCGCACCGCCGCGUAAUGGAUAGUGAACGUGAGAAAAACAGACAGCGGAAACUUAAGGCCCAGACGGGGCGUGAGUGGGACUCGCAGAAACGCGAGGAAGAUUAUGACCCCCGUGGUGGUGGCAGUCAAUUCCGACGCGGUAUGCAUGGUGGUGUGUCUGGCGCCGUGCGACGAGACUUCGAAGAUGCCCGUUCAGAAGAGGCUGCAGAUCACUCUGGUGGCAACCGCGGUCGUGGACGCGGUGGUCGAGGUGGCCGUGACCGUGGGUCACCGCGUACCCCACAGGGAGAUCGGCGACGCAAGGGCUUAUCUGACAGUAUAUUUGCAACAGAGAGCCCUGCUGCACUGGGGCUGGAUGAUAAGAGUGCAUUCCCGGCUUUGCCUGAGGCACCCAAGAAGACUGAGAUGAAGAAGACUGAGACUAAACCUGCUCCCACGCCGGAGACUAAGGCUAAGACUGAGACUAAAGUCGAGCCCAAAACUGAAACCGAAAGUGCUCCUGCGGCUUCCAAGCCACAAUCAGCGAUGGAUAAAUUAGACUCUACAUUUUCACCCAUAACUGGAACUUGGGCAGACCAGUUUGAGGAUGAGUGA